CCGCCACUUUUCCGGCAAGGGGCUUUUCAGGUUCACUGUCGCAUGUUUUGAUUUCAUCCCUUACACGUGCCGUGCUUCAGUUUAUUCAGGAUACAGACUACUGAUAUUGCACACGUAGGAGUUACCUGGAUGAUGGCUCGCCCUCCUCCUGACCCAUUGUAUAUCCUGAGGGGUUCAGGGGCAGCAGUAAACACCCUGCACUUCUGCUGUAGUGGACAGGGGGCACCACUACUGUACUCUGGGUCAGGUAAAGGUGCAAUUCAUGUGUGGAACCUGACCACCAGGAGAGCAGAACGUGUUCUAGAAAGUCAUGCUGGCAACUCCGUUAUCUGGCUACAGACCUUCAGUGACAGCAACACCCUCAUCAGUCAGGGUCGUGACAUGCGGGUAUGCGUGUGGGAUUUGUCUGAAGGCCGCAGUACAGUGACAGACUCUCUCCUCACAGGCAGUGUUGGGUUCUGUCAGUGCUCUCUGCUGGAGAUCCAAGCCGGAUCCACUUUACUGGCUCACCCUACAGAACAGAUGGAGCAGGUGAGUGUGGUGGAGAUGAGGAGCUGGACUCCAGUGUGCACUCUUAAGUCAGACUCUAAACUGGGCAUGCUCAUGUGUAUGAAGAUGUGCCAGGCAGAUUCUGGUCCGGUUCUGUGUGCUGGUUAUGAGGACGGCUCUCUGGUGUUAUGGGAUGUUUCCAAUCGCCGUCCAUUCAGCUGUAUAAAGGCCCACCCUGAGCCGGUCAUGUGUCUAGACAUUGAUUUACACAGGCAGAAAGGCAUUUCAGGGUCUUCAGAGAAGAUCCUCCACUCCUGGACACUUGAAAACCAGCAAAUUCUUCAGAUGCACAACUCCAGUCAUCUGACCAAUCCUGGGGUCUCCCAGCUGCGUAUCCGUGCAGAUGGCAAGAUCCUAGCAGCGGCAGGCUGGGACAACAACAUCAGAGUGUUUGGCUGGAAGAAACUAAAGCCACUGGCUGUUCUACAGCAUCAUACUGACAUGGUGAAUAGUGUGGCCUUCUCAGAACACCAGGACACCCAACAGAGACUUUUGGCCGCAGGGUCCAAAGAUCAACGGAUCAGUGUGUGGUCUAUAUAUAGAGAAAGUUGAGGCCUCCUUACCUUUUCCUUCAAACUUAUUGUUGCAAAUUACUCAGACUAUAUUUACAUACUUGAGCAUGGCGCUAAUAUAUUUUCUUUGAAUGAAAGCGUUUCAAAUGCCUAAAAUAGUGGCUGACUGCCAUUUAAAGGCGGGCCUACAGCAUGGUCUCAUUUAGCAGGACUGUCAUUAUUUACAUGUCCUAAGACUACAUUAUAACACCCUGUUAUGUGUUUUACCCCAAAUGAACAAGCUUGGCUUAGUAAAAUGUGUUCAUUGCAAACCAAACAAAAGCAGAUCAUAUAAACAUACUCCAUCAUCGUGUUUUGUUGCAGUUUGUCACAAUGGACGAUAGUUUUAUUGUCAAAGGCACAGCUUAAACCAUCCACUCUGAUCUGUUUGCUUUACUGCAGGGUGAUGUGCUUCAGUAGGCGUGUAUUUACACUUGAAGUCGCACCUGAGCGGCAAAGUAAUCCACCGCUGUUUUUCCCAAUUUGUCUCAGAGUUUAAGAUUGCCCUCUGGACUGACCUGCAUAUAUCAUGCAGGGUUAAUCACAAGGGCUCAGGCAGCACCGACAGGCCUGUUUGUUAGAAAGAUUCAUUGGACAAGUUUCGGUUCAUUCUUCCCUUUAAGUGCAUGAGCUAAUGAAGGAGACUAUUUUCAGUCUGAAGACAAGGCUGACCUUUGUGUUUGGAUGUGGCCACAGGACAAACUGGUUAUUUUUGCAUUUAUUUCCUUUGCUCUGUGAAUGCUGGACAGCUCACUCACCAGAGUAGUUACAGAAAUUAAUUUCUGGUUUACAUUGUAAUGUUUUUCUUUUUGGAUUAUUUUUCUUUUAUAAUAUCUUGUUAAUACAAAGAUUUUUACCAACACUUUAGGUAAACGGAUAUCUAGCGUUGUUUAUACUAAUUGUAAAUUAGGUUCUUGAGUGGUCGGAAAACAUUCAAAGACAGCUUCAUUAAUACGUUUAGCUUAAAUUGUUCAUUUUAAUAUUCAU